AUGCUUCCCGCCAGCAGCCAACAGCAACAGCCUGCACAACCAGUCUAUGUGCUCAGAGGGCACUCAGCGCAAAUACAUUCCGUUGUCUUUACGAGAGAUAAUGAGAGAAUCAUAACUGCUGAUUCCGAUGGAUGGGUUGUUGUAUGGAACGUUGGCACCAGACGGCCAGUCGCGGUGUGGAAGGCUCAUGAGGGCACGGUUAUGAAAGUCAUGGGGCGGGAUGGGAAGAUUAUUACACACGGAAGAGAUAACAAAAUCCUCGUUUGGAAGUUAGGGACUCUUGAAGAUGAGUCUGGGAUGGAUACAGCUCUCCCAGUUGACCUAAGCGCAGGGCAUCGUCGAAGCCCGUGGCUCUUGAGCGCGUUAGAUGUUAACGCACUUAAUUUCUGUGGCUUUGCAAUGUGCGAAGAUCGUGCGGAUUCAAACACCCCAGAGACAUGGGAGAAGAACCUAUUGAUAGCUAUACCUAGCGCACUUAACUCUGACUCGGUUGAUAUUAUGAGACUACCAACGAAGGAGAGAGUCUAUGCUGGGAUUAGGACGGAAGAAGUCAAGACAGGCAUGGCUAUGAGCCUCGAACUUUUAUACUGUGGGGAUACUCUUACCCUUGUUGCAGCUUAUGAAAGUGGACAUGCAGCGGUAUAUAAGUUCAAAGAGGGGUUAUGGGGUAAUAUUUACUUGAACAAAUCACACUCACAACCUAUUCUCUCCCUCUGCGUAUCUCCGUUUCCAGAAGCUGAACCAUAUUUCCUCACCUCCUCUGCCGAUGCCGCCAUCGUAAAACACCCCCUAAACGCUCUCAUGCCCAAUUCUGAUCCAGUAAAAACCAUAAAUACGAAGCAUUCAGGGCAGCAAUCUAUCUCCAUCCGCUCAGAUGGAGCUUGCUGUGUUGAAGUGGCAUCAGGAAGGGUGCUAUUCGGUUGA